AGUAUUUGAUGUGGGAGGUCAACAAGGUGCCCGAAAAAAGUGGAUACAACUCUUCGAUGGAGUGACAGCUAUUCUUUUUCUGGCAGACAGCAGUAGCUUUGAUAUGGCUCUCCGAGAAGAUAAGCGCAAAAACCGUCUUUUGGAUGCCUUGGAGAUGCUUUAUUACAUCACUUUGCCCGUGUUGAAAGCUACUUAG